AUGGCAUACAACGGCCGAGGCCACGAAUACGCUGGCGGUUCUGGCCACCAGCUCCAUGAUAUGCCCCCGGGCGGCAAUUAUCACUUGCCCCCCCAAGAGCACGAAGAAGAGGCUGGCCGCUACCUGCUCAACGAACAGCCCGGCUCCGGCUACGAGCACGAUCGCCUCGGCGCUCCUCAGGCUCCCGACCGACCUGUGUCUACCUAUAGCUUGACCGAAUCCUACGCCCCCGGGGCUGGUCAAACCGUGCCCCAGCCGAACCAGCCCGGCAGCUAUGACACCAGCCACGGCCACCUCGGCCAGGAAGGCCAGUUCGUCACAGAGCAUGAUUUUCCCUACGGCCGUCCGGCCUCGACCUUCGAAGAUCCGGACGAGAGUUGGAUGCAGCGUCAGCAACAGCCUGGCGGCUUCGGCUCUGGUAACGGCGGCGGUCUCAAGCGCUUCAACACCAGAAAAGUCAAACUUGUCCAGGGCUCUGUCCUUUCCAUUGACUACCCUGUCCCUAGUGCCAUCAAGAACGCUGUCGAGCCUCGCUACCGUGAUGUCGAGGGUGGCAACGAGGAAUUCAUGAAGAUGCGCUACACGGCUGCCACUUGCGACCCCAACGACUUUACCCUCAAAAACGGUUACGAUUUGCGCCCUCGCAUGUACAAUCGCCACACCGAGCUACUCAUUGCUAUCACAUACUACAACGAAGACAAGGUUCUGCUCUCCAGAACCCUUCAUGGUGUCAUGCAAAAUAUUCGCGACAUUGUCAACCUGAAAAAGUCCACAUUCUGGAAUAAGGGUGGCCCUGCCUGGCAAAAAAUCGUCGUCUGCCUCGUCUUUGACGGUAUCGAAAAGGCUGACAAGAACACUCUCGAUGUCCUGGCUACAGUCGGUAUCUAUCAAGAUGGUGUCAUCAAGAAGGAUGUUGAUGGCAAGGAAACUGUUGCUCACAUUUUCGAGUACACCUCCCAGCUUUCCGUCACUCCUAACCAGCAGCUGAUUCGGCCAACUGGCGACAACCCCCAGAAUCUGCCCCCUGUGCAGUUCAUUUUCUGCCUCAAGCAGAAGAAUAGCAAGAAGAUCAACUCUCACCGUUGGCUCUUCAACGCCUUUGGCCGCAUUCUCAACCCCGAGGUUUGCAUUCUGCUAGAUGCUGGUACCAAGCCCAGUCCCCGCUCCCUGCUCGCCCUCUGGGAAGGAUUUUACAACGACAAGGAUCUUGGCGGUGCUUGCGGUGAGAUUCACGCCAUGUUAGGCAAGGGCGGCAAGAAGCUUUUCAACCCUCUCGUCGCCGUCCAGAAUUUCGAAUACAAGAUUUCCAACAUUCUCGACAAACCCCUGGAGAGCUCCUUUGGCUACGUCAGCGUUCUGCCCGGUGCCUUUUCGGCCUAUCGCUUCCGUGCUAUCAUGGGCCGUCCUCUAGAGCAGUAUUUCCACGGUGACCAUACUCUGUCCAAGAGUUUGGGCAAGAAGGGUAUCGACGGCAUGAACAUCUUCAAGAAGAACAUGUUCUUGGCCGAAGACAGAAUUCUCUGCUUCGAACUGGUCGCCAAGGCUGGCCAAAAAUGGCAUUUGUCCUACAUCAAGGCCGCCAAGGGUGAGACUGAUGUACCCGAAGGUGCUGCCGAGUUCAUCUCUCAGCGUCGUCGCUGGCUCAACGGUUCCUUUGCCGCCACUCUCUACUCCCUCAUGCACUUUGGCCGCAUGUACAAGAGUGGCCACAACCUUGUCCGCAUGAUCUUUCUCCACAUUCAGCUGCUGUACAACAUCUUCAAUCUCAUCUUUACCUGGUUUUCUCUGGCUUCUUACUACCUCACCACCACUGUCAUCAUGGAUCUCGUCGGCACGCCCGUAGUAGGCGGUCAAGGCGGUGCUGAGCAUCACGGCUGGCCUUUUGGCGACACUGCAACGCCUCUUAUCAACGCGCUCCUCAAGUACUUCUACCUGGCUUUCGUUAUCCUACAGUUUAUCCUGGCUCUUGGUAAUCGUCCGAAGGGUUCCAAAUUUACCUACAUCGCGUCUUUCAUGCUAUUUGGUCUCAUUCAGACGUAUAUCCUGGUGCUCUCUGGUUACCUGGUGGCUCGUGCCUUCAACACGCCCUUAUCGGAACAAAUCAAGCUUGACUCUGGUAAGGAUUUUGUCAACAGUUUCUUUUCAGGAGAAGGAGCCGCGGGAGUCAUUCUCAUCGCCCUGAUUACGAUUUACGGUCUCUAUUUCCUCGCGUCCUUCCUGUAUCUGGACCCGUGGCACAUGUUCCACUCGUUCCCGUACUAUUUGGUUCUCAUGUCCACCUAUAUCAACAUUCUCAUGAUUUAUGCCUUCAACAACUGGCACGAUGUGUCCUGGGGUACCAAGGGCUCUGACAAGGCCGAGGCAUUACCCUCUGCCAAUGUCACCAAGGGCGAGAAGAAUGAGAUUGUCGUUGAGGAAAUCGAAAAGGAGCAGGAAGACAUUGACAGUCAGUUCGAGCAGACGGUGCGCCGUGCGCUGGCUCCCUUCAAGGAGGUGGAAGAGAUUGAGGCCAAGGACGUGGAGGACUCGUACAAGUCUUUCCGUACUGGCCUAGUUGUGUGCUGGUUGUUCUCCAACAUUAUUCUCAUCAUUGUCAUUACCAGCGACAACUUUAACAGCUUCGGAAUAGGGAAAUCCUCAUCUGUUCGCACAGCCAACUUUUUCAAGUUUCUUCUGUACGCUACUGCCGUCCUUUCGGUUGUUCGGUUCAUGGGUUUCCUGUGGUUCCUCGGCAGGACUGGUAUUAUGUGCUGCUUUUCCCGAAGAUAG